AUGCCUCGCAACCCACCAAAUACCGUCGGGAUAUCCCGCGCAACCCUUCCCAGUCCCUUCCUCCGCAAAGCCGCCGUCAUCUCUUUUCUCCCUGCCCUCCCGCUGUGCAUAGUGCACGGCGUCCUCUCGCACGACGUUGUCCCCGCGCUGGGGCUGAUCCCACUUUUCUUUUCUGCGGUCGUGUCGAUCUUCCUGCUGCUGGUCGGGCGUCGUCGGCGUCGGGCUUUACCUGAAGCGAAGGGGAAGGGACGGCAAACGGGCGGUGUUGAUGAAGAUCUCGAGGGGUCGGUUGUCGGUCGUGGUGGGGAUGUGAGUGAGCGUGAGGUUGUUGAAGGAGCGGAGCGAGAACCGAGUGGGAUUGAGGCUGACGUUGACGGCGAGGAUGAGGAGGAGAGCCUUGGCCAUUCGGUGCUCACACAUCGCAUUGUGGUGUUUGUCGCUGAUGUUGUCUUCGCGUCUGCGUUGAUGGUCGUCCUGGUGUUCACGUGGAUUCGGACGGGACGCGCGGGGGACAGGCGGCCUCAGUUGGCGAUGCUUGCGGCGUACAGCACCGUGCCAUUGUUGGUCAACUUCCUUAUUCACCUGUACCUCGCUGCUCGCGAAUUUGCCACCGGUAUGGCCAUCUCCGGCCUAAUCGAGUACACAGCAUGGCGGGCUGUGCCUUCGGACUGCCCGCACUGCGGCAGCCGACUCCGGCCGGAUUCGUUGCCGCCUAUUCCAUGGUACGAGACCGUCUCCAGGCCCAAAGUCUCGCUUCCCCAGAUCAAGGCACCGUCAAUUCCUCGGCCAGCGCUCCCAGCCUUUAAGAUGCCCAAGUUCUCCGCGCUGAAGUGCCGCGUGUGGAAGGGGCCCAACUGGAUGCGGGGACAGAAUCAAGAGUACGCCAGAUUGUUUGUUGAUGAGCAACAGAACGAGCACGACCGUUACAGUGACGAUCCGGACGGGCCGUUCGGGGAACAAUCUGGUAGCACCACGGUGGUCCCCAAGGGGUCGUCGGCUGCUCCUCCGGUGGAGGAGAUCGUGGUGGGAAAGAAGGAGAGACGGGGCAAGAGCUCGAGUCCGGCGCUAUUUGGGCAGAAUGAUGAUGCUUCCUGGCCGUGA